AUGGCGGCGCGCGGUGCCGCUCUGCUGGUCGCUGUGGUGUCUCUGGUCGGUCCGCGGCCGGUCGGGGCGGAUUGUGGCUGCGGAUCGGCCAGCAGGGAGGGCGGAGCUCCCGGGGAUCACACCCACCAGCAGGCGGCGGCCUUCAAAUACUCCCGGGAGGCCAAUGAGCGGAGAGGCGGGAUGGUCCUGCUGCCCUCCGGGGGGUUCACCAUGGGGACGGAUGACCCCGGAAUCCCUCCAGAUGGGGAGAGUCCAGCUCGGCGGGUUCACAUUGAUUCCUUUUAUAUGGACAUCCAUGAAGUCAGCAAUGCCGAAUUCUCCCGGUUUGUGGAGGUCAGCGGUCAUGUGACUGAGGCAGAGACGUUCGGGGACUCCUUUGUACUUGAAGGUCUGCUGAGUGAAGAAGUGAAGAGCGCGAUUGAUCAGGCGGUCGCGGCUGCACCCUGGUGGCUGCCGGUGAAAGGAGCAGACUGGAGGCAUCCGGAGGGGCCCGAUUCCGACAUCGCCAACAGGAUGGAUCAUCCGGUUCUUCACGUUUCCUGGAACGAUGCCGUCACUUUCUGUACCUGGGCCGGGAAGCGUCUUGCGACUGAGGCGGAGUGGGAGUACGCCUGCCGGGGCGGCCUGGAGAACAGACUCUUCCCCUGGGGGGACAAGCUGCAGCCGAAGGGUCUGAUCUCAUUUGGCCAACGUGUGGCAAGGAGACUUCCCCGACCCACCAACACCGGGAUAUGUGAAGACCGCGCCGGUCACAGCGUUCCCCCCCCAAUGUUUCUUGGACUUUACAAUAUCGUCAUCUCCUGGGAAAUGGACGGCGGACUGGUGGACCCACCCAACACUCUCGGAUGAAGCGCACUUAAAACCCGAAAGGUCCGAUCUCCGGGAAGGACAAAGUGAAGAAGGGCGGCUCUUACAUGUGCCACAAGUCCUAUUGCUAUAGGUAUCGCUGCGCAGCUCGCAGUCAGAACACCCCGGAUAGCUCCGCCUCCAAUCUCGGCUUCCGCUGCGCUGCAGACGCCAAGUAG